CCCCCAAAGAAGAAGAAGGGAGGGAAGAAGAAGUCCGCCAAGGGGAAGAAGAGCCCCGGACUGGUGGAUGGACUGUCCACUGAGGAAAUGAGCAAAGAUCAGCUGGAGGAGCACAUAGUGCGCCUUCGGGAGGAACUGGACAGAGAGCGGGAGGAGAGGAACUACUUCCAGCUGGAGAGGGACAAAAUCCACACCUUCUGGGAGAUCACCCGCCGCCAGCUGGAGGACAAGAAAUCAGAACUGCGUAACAGGGACCGCGAGGUGGAGGAGGCCGAGGAGAGGCAUCAGGUGGAGAUCAAGGUAUAUAAACAGAAAGUGAAGCACCUCCUGUAUGAGCAUCAGAACAACAUCUCCGAGCUGAAGGCGGAGGGCAGCGUCACCAUGAAACUGGCCCAGCAGGAUCAUCACACUCAGGAGAGCCUCCUGCGCAAAGAUACACGCGGACUGAGGGUGGAGAUCAAAGAGCAGGAGCUGGCCAAUGAGAUGGUGCUGAAGAAUCUCAAAAUGAAACAAGACGAGGAAAUGACGCGGCAAAGGAACGACUUUGAGAGACAAGUGAAAGAAAUUGAAAACAAAUAUGAGAAGAAGAUGCGCAUUGUGCGAGAUGAGCUGGAUCUGCGCAGGAAGACGGAGAUUCACGAAGUGGAGGAGAGGAAGAACGGACAGAUCAACACUCUGAUGAAGAACCACGAAAAGGCCUUCAGUGACAUCAAAAACUACUAUAAUGACAUCACACUUAACAAUCUGGCUCUCAUCAACUCACUCAAGGAGCAGAUGGAGGACAUGAGGAGGAAGGAGGACCGUCUGGAGAAGGAAAUGGCUGACCUCCAGUUACAGAACCGCAGACUGACUGAACCGCUACAGAAGGCUCGCGAAGAGGUGGCCGAACUCCAGAGACAACUGGCCAACUAUGAGAAGGACAAGACAGCCCUGGCUAGUACAAAAGCGCGUCUGAAAUCCACAGAGAAGGAGCUGAAUGACCUGAAAUGGGAACACGAGGUGUUGGAGCAAAGAUUCCAGAAGGUCCAGGUGGAGCGCGAUGAAUUGUACAGGAAGUUCUCCGCCGCCAUUCAGGAGGUUCAGCAGAAGAGCGGCUUCAAGAAUCUGAUGCUGGAGAGGAAGUUACAGGCGCUCGGCGACACCCUGGAGAAAAAAGAAGCUCAGCUCAACGAAGUCCUCGCAGCGUCAAACCUGGACCCCUCCGCCCUCAGCGUUGUCACCCGCAAACUGGAGGAUGUAUUGGACUCCAAGAACAGCGCCAUCAAGGACCUGCAGUAUGAACUCGCUCGAGUGUGCAAGGUGAGGAGGAUUCUGGGACAGGUAGAGGAGUCUGGUGUUCUGUAUGGGUCGCAGAGCUUGCACUCGUUCUGCUGUGUGGGUCGCAGAGCUUGCACUCCUUCUGUGUGGGUCGCAGAGCUUGCACUCGUUCUGCUGUGUGGGUCGCAGAGCUUGCACUCCUUCUGUAUGGAUCGCAGAGCUUGA